AUGGCAGAACUUAGAUCUCUUCGUAAGCGGGAACACCAGAUAGUGAAGGCUUUCGACAGCGUGCAACAUUUUCUCCAGAAAUACGAUCAGGAGACUGAUAGCGGGCAAGUGAACCUUCGGCUGCAUGGACUUGAGGAAGAUUUUAAGGAUUUUCUUGUGGUUCGGAGUAAGCUUGAGUUUUUGCUGGAAGAUGUUGAGGUCCAGAAACAUGCUAAAUCUGACCCAGACUUGAAGCAGGAGGCGUUGGAACAUAUGGACGAUGAAAAUGAUCGUAUUAUGCAGGAAUUUCGUGAUCGAUUCUACGCACUGAAGGCGGCGCUUGUGACUUUGCUACCACAUUUCCUACCCCCACCAACGCCACCAUCACAAAGAGGUCCCCAUUCGUCAAUUGCAGGAGAUGAUGUUUUCGGUGUGCACCCAACGCCGACAUUUUCAAAAGUGAAGCUACCUGAAAUCCGUCUACCGUCGUUCAGUGGUAAGAUCUUCGAGUGGGUAACUUUUCGUGACACCUUUCAAAGCCUCAUUCAAAACAAUCCUCAGUUGACCGACAUGGACCGUUUCACCUACUUGAGAUCAUCGUUAUCAGGAGACGCAUUGCAGGAGAUUAUUUCUGUGGGCUUGUCAGCCGUAAACUACAAUGUUGCAUGGGAAAUGUUAGCGAACCGUUAUGAAAACAAGAAGUUGAUUGUGAAGGCCCAUCUAGACGCACUGUUCGCUACAGAAGGGCUCAAGAGAGAGAGCUAUGAAAAACUCAACAGUCUCAUUAGUGAGUUUGAGAAAAACCUUCAGAUGCUGGACAAGAUUGGGCAAAACACCUCCGAGUGGAGCACCAUUCUCGCAUACAUGUUGUGUUCUAAACUCGAUUCCGCCACGUUGCGUCAGUGGGAAACUCAUCACAAUUCAAAAGAUGUACCCACGUAUACUGCUAUGCUCGGCUUCUUGCGCAAUCAUUGUGAUGUACUCCAGUCAGUGGCUCCUGCUAAAUCCAACUUCGUCGAUCAUCGUUCCUCGAAACCAGCUGUCUGUCACACAGUGGUGAAAACCUCAAACAGAUGCGCAUUCUGCAGUGAAUCGUGGCAUCCUGCUUUCCAGUGUUCUGCAUUUCAACGGAUGAACGUUCCAGAUUGUGUCGAGGCUGUCGCUAAACACAGACUGUGUCGAAACUGUCUGCGUCCAGGACAUUACGCAAAUUCCUGCGAAAGAGGGGUCUGCCGUCAUUGUCAACAGAAGCACCAUUCCAUGCUGCAUGGACUAUCCAGAUCCUCCGUUCCACACUCGCAGCCGAAACCUCCGACACAAGACGAGCAAUCGCGACCGCCAAAGGCUAAGCAACACAAUUCGAACCAACACACACACACCACCACUGCCAGCUCGCAGCGCACAAACAACACACCUCCAGCCACCAACACGCCCACCACAAGUCAAAAUUAUGUCGCACUCCCCAUCACACCUACACACAACAUACUUCUGUCUAUCGCUCUCGUUACAAUCAAAGAUCGUUUUGGUAGAGCGACGCUGGCACGAGCUCUGCUAGACUCGUGUUCCCAGCACUGUCUAAUGACUGCCAGUUUUGCGAGCAAGCUACAGUUCCGUGAGACCCCUACGUAUUUGUCGGUUCAAGGGAUUGGAUCAGCUCGAUCGGUUUCCACCAAAUUAGUUAGUGCAGAGGUCGGUCCUAGGUCUAGGAUCAUUUCGCCAUUCACUGAAGAGAUGCAGUUCCAUGUGCUGCCAAAGCUGACUGUGUUACUUCCGACGACGAGUUGCAAUCCGGCCGAGUGGGAUCUUCCGGAUUCGACGUUGAUAGCCGAUCCCAGUUUUCACGAGCCUGGUCCGGUCGAUUUGAUUAUCGGAGCUGAAUAUUACAUGGACUUGCUGAAAGAUGAACGACAAAAGGCUACACCAUCAGGACCGACUCUGCAGAAUACGGUGUUUGGGUGGAUAGUCUCGGGAAGAGUUCCCAACAGUACAAAUAGCGAGCCACGUUCGCUGGUUCACGUGUGCUCGACGGCGGAAAUCGAAGAGCAGCUCACCAGAUUUUGGGAAUUGGAGACCUGUCGAACCGCCAGCACCAAUUCCGUCGAAGAAACCACCUGCGAACAGUUUUUCAAGGAGACUACAGUAAGAGACGAGAAUGGCAGAUUUGUUGUGGCACUGCCAAAGAAGGAAUACGUUAUCAGCAAAUUGGGAGAUUCAAGGGCAACUGCUCUCAAACGGUUCAUGGGACUCGAACGACGAUUUGCAGCUAACCCAGACCUGAAGACGCUGUAUUCCCAGUUUAUACACGAAUACCAAACUCUUGGCCACAUGAAAGAGGUCAUCGAUGAUACCGCCGCAGGGAAGACAUUUUAUUUACCGCACCACGCUGUUCUAAAGCCGGACAGUACCACCACGAAACUCCGAGUAGUUUUCGAUGGCUCUUGUCGAACAUCUACGGGCAUUUCUUUGAACGACGGCUUGAUGGUCGGUCCCGUUGUUCAGGAUGACCUCCUCAGUAUCACGUUACGCUUCCGUAUCCACCGAUUUGCAAUAGUAGCCGACAUCGCCAAGAUGUACAGAAUGGUUCGAGUUCAGGCAACGGAUCAACCGCUACAACGGAUCUUGUGGAGAGAUUCUAUCGAAGAGCCAAUCCGUACUUUCGAAUUGACGACCGUUACGUAUGGUACCGCGUCUGCGCCUUAUCUGGCCACAAAAUGCCUGCAAAGUUUAGCCGAGGAAGGAGAAGAAACGCAUCCAGAUGCUGCUAAGGUGCUCAAACAGGACUUUUACGUGGACGAUAUGCUCUCAGGUGUAGACGACGUGAAGGAUGGAAGGAAGUUGAUUCAACAGCUGGUCGAGCUUUUACAGUCAGAAGGAUUUUCACUUCGCAAGUGGAAUUCCAACAGUAAGGAGCAGUUGAGGGACGAUCGGUCGAUCCUAGAGUUAGAUUCGUCUAGUUCAACCAUCAAAACGCUAGGACUUGUGUGGGAACCCAGUACCGACAGCUUUCGAUUCACUAUUCCAACCUGGAACUCCGCGGCUGUAAUCACCAAACGAAUAGUGCUCUCAGAUGUCUCCCGACUGUUUGACCCAUUAGGCCUCGUGGGGCCUGUUAUUAUUCAAGCAAAAAUAUUCAUCCAAGAGUUAUGGAAACAAGAGUGUUCUUGGGAUGAACCUCUCCUGCCAGAGCUACAGGAAUACUGGCAAGAGUAUCGGAGAAACCUUGCUGGUUUGGAUAGCCUAUCUGUUCCUCGGUGGGUUGGAAUAUCUAGCAACAUUGUAGCAGAGGAGCUACAUGGGUUUUGUGACGCCUCUGAAGCAGCUUACGGAGCCUGUAUUUAUAUUAGGACAGUUACAGAGACUGGAUCUGUAUCAGUGCGGCUGUUGACAUCCAAAUCGCGGGUUGCUCCACUUGAAAACCUGAAGAAGAAAAAGAAAAGGCAGUCCAUACCUCGCUUGGAAUUGUCGUCAGCACUGUUGCUCGCUCACUUGUACGAAAAGGUCGUACAAAGUCUCCGCAUCUCCGUUAGAUCAUUCUUUUGGACGGAUUCUAUGAUCGUUAUCGUUAUGAUUAUGUUAUCGUUAUCGUUAUGA